UCUUCCUGCUGUGUUGAGAACCUACCGUGAGGGGCAUGGAGAAAGCAGCUAGGAGAUCAUUGCAGAGGUCCGGGUAGGUGCUGAUCAGAUCACGGCAGUGCAAGCAGCAGGAGUGAUCAGAUUCUGGAUACAUCUUAACAUAGAAGAACCAAGACUUUCAUUUAAAUCUAAAUAGUAAGUAUCAAACGUUGAUUUUUAGAUGGAUCUAUUGGAACUAUUCAGAUAGUUCCCAGAAUUGCUCAUGAGAACCAAAGAAAAACUCCAGAACUUAUCCUAAACUCCCUGGGAUUUUUCUGAAGGAUUUAUGGGCUGACUAUUCACAUAGAAGAGAAGAUUCCAUCCACUCUCAGAGUUUCCAUCAUCUUCUCAAUCACCACCUUCUGUGGGUUGACCAGAUGCACGGGCAGUUGUCAGAAGGUUCUUGUGGUUCUCACAAAGGCAAAACAAACCCAUCCUCCCUGCUGUGGGAACAUAUUGGAGUUCCACUGAUGCGUGGAGGCUCCAGUGAGGCACUGCUCCUGUGGGCAAGGCCCAGACAAACACACCUGUCAAACCUGCUCGUCUGCUGCUGCUCAGCUGAAACUGUGGCCGGUCAGCCAUCGCUUCUCAAGGACGAGGAAGGCAAUCUUUGGUGCCCAAACUUUGAUGCAAGUCACAUGGCUUUAAAAUAGAUAUGAGGUCAUCUUAGCACUGGUUUUUGGGCUCUUCCCACCCAGCCCCAUCCUGUCGGCACCAUACCUGGCCUUGGAGGGGACACGGGAUCGCAUCUCACUGUGAGGAGUGCCUGCAAAAACGAAUGUGAGCAGCUUUUGUGACAUGGGGAAGAAGGUUUGGAUGAAAAGGCCUCCCAGGCAGGAAACUGUGUCCCUGACCCCAGCCCUGCCUGGCUGCCCUUCCCAUCCAGGGUGCUCAGGCCCAGCCAUGGCGGAACUGUGCCGCACGGACUCCUCGCUGACCACCCUGGACGAGGAGCUGCUGUGGGAGAUGCUGGAGGACCACCGCUGCAGGAUUGUGCGCAGCAUCUGCCCCAGCCGCCUCACCCCCUACCUGCGCCAGGCGAAGGUGCUGGACCAGCUGGACGAGGAGGAGGUGCUGCACAGUCCCAGGUUCACCAACACGGCCAUGAGAGUCGGGUACUUGCUGGAUUUGCUGAAGACUCGAGGGAAGAAUGGGGCCAUCGCCUUCCUGGAGAGCCUGAAGUUCCACAACCCUGACAUCUACACUCUGGUCACCGGGCUGCAGCCCAGCGUGGACUUCACAAACUUCAGUGGGCUCAUGGAGACGUCCAAGCUGACCGAGUGCCUGGCUGGGGCCAUCGGCAGCCUGCAGGAAGAGCUGAGCCAGGAGAAGGGGCAGAAGGAGGUGCUGCUGCGGCAGUGCCAGCAGCUGCAGGAGCGCCUGGGUCAGGCUGAGGCCCGUGCUGAGGGCCUGCGUCAGCUGGAGGCAGACCACAGCCGCAUGAAGCGCGAGGUCAGCGCCCACUUCCACGAGGUGCUGAAGCUGAAGGACGAGAUGCUGAGUCUCUCGCUGCACUACAGCAACGCGCUGCAGGAGAAGGAGCUGGCUGCCACGCGCUGCCGUGGUCUGCAGGAGGAGCUGUAUCUGAUGCAGCAAGAGCUGCAGCGAGAGAAGAUGUCUUCUUCAUGUGAGCGGGAAUUUCGAGAGCGGUCCCUGAAGAUGGCGAACGACCUGGAGCCUGGAGACGAGGAGCUGAGCCGCCUGAAGGAGGAGAAUGAGAGGCUCCGCUCCCUUACCUUCAGCCUGGUGGAGAAGGACAUUCUGGAGCAGAACCUGGAUGAGGCCCUGGAGAGCAGGCAGGAGCUGGUGGACCGCAUCCACUCUCUGAGGGAGCGGGCAGUGGCCGCUGAGAGACAGCGAAAACAGUACUGGGAAGAGAAGGAGCAGACCCUGCUCCAGUUCCAGAAAACCAAGGUGGACUGUGAAAUCUACAGGGAGAAGAUGAACGCUCUGCAGAGCCAAGUGGUCGAGCUGCAGAAGGAGCGGGACCAGGCCUACUCAGCAAGGGAUGGGGCCCAGAUGGAGAUUUCUCAGAACCUGACAGAGAAGGACGCCCUUCGCAGGAAGGUGUUUGAGCUGAUGGACCAGGUCUGCGAACUGCGCCAGCAGGUCCAGCGGCUGCAGGUGCAGGCCGAGUCGUUGCCCAAGCAGGAGGCAGGGGCCAGGGAGCCCUGUCCCAAGAGGAAACAGCGGCUGGUGCGCAUGUUUGCCCUCUGCCCGCGGGACGACAGUGACGGCAGCUCCUCUGAGGUACGGCCGGUGCCUCCACCACUGCCAGGGCUGGACCAGUCUCAGCUCUGGUCUGACCUGAGCGCCACGUCCAGCCGAGAGCUGGUAGAUAGCUUCCGCUCCAGCAGCCCUGUGCCUCCCAGCCAGCAGUCCCUGUACAAGCGGGCCGCAGAGGACUUCUGGGAAGACCCCUUGUCUUUCAGCGGCUGCCCAGAAAUCCUGGAGGUGGACCAGGGAGGCUCCCUGGGUGCUAAGAAGGGUGAUGCAGAUUUGGAUUAUGAGAUUGUAGACAGGACAGACCUCCCUGAGUCUGAGAACAGCCUGCCACCGUCUUCCCGGAGCCUCUACCUCUCCACCAGGGCGCAUGAGCUCCGUCCCCUCCCUCCCUGCAGCAACAUCCCAGUGCGGCGGAGGCUGGCCCGCAAGAUCCUGAGCCAGGUCACGGUGCUGGCCUUCCAGGGGGAUGCGCUGCUGGAGCAGAUAAAUGUUAUUGGCGGGAACCUCACGGGCAUCUUCAUUCAUCGGGUCACCCCAGGCUCUGCGGCAGACGAGAUGGCCUUGCGCCCUGGCACCCAGAUUUUGAUGGUGGAUUACGAGGCAAAGGAGCCCUUGUCCAAGGCUGUCCUGGAGGGCAUGACGCUGGAGCAGGCCAUCAGACUUCUCAGGAGGGUGAACGGCUUCUGCUGUCUGUCCGUGAAGGUCAACAUGGAGGGUUAUAAGAAGCUGGUACAGGACCUAGAGGCUAAAGUGGCCACAUCAGGGGACUCCUUCUACAUCCGGGUCAACCUGGCCCUGGAAAGGAGGGUGGAGGGAGAGCUGCAGGUGUACUGCAACGAUAUCCUGCACGUCACAGACACCCUGUUCCAGGGUGGCAGCUGCUGGCACGCCCAUCGCGUUGGCCCCUACAGCACCAAGGGCACCGAACAAGGCACCAUCCCCAACUAUGCACGGGCUCAGCAGCUGCUCAUCACCCUCCUCCAGAACAUGGCCCAUCAGAGCACCACGGCCCGCAAGCAGCCUUCUGGGGGAGCCCAGAAGUUGGUCCGCAUCAUCAGUAUGGACAGAACCAAGGCCAGCCCUCUGUGGUCAUCCUUUGAUGGGAGCCAGUCGGACCCAAACAGGGUAGAAGACCCCUCUGCCGUGUGCUUCUGGGCCGAGAGCUGCUUCACCCUGGUGCCCUACACCCUGGUGCACCCCCACAGGCCCAGCCGGCCCCGGCCCGUGCUCUUCGUGCCCAGGAUGGUUGGGAAGAUCGUGAUUGAGAAGCUGUGCCUCCUCCAAGGGUUUAAGAAAUGCCCAGCAGCAUACCUGAACCAAGAGGAGUAUGACGCUUCCAGCCAGAGAGGGGACAUCAUCCAGGAGAGGGAGGCAUCCGGUGGCCGCUACUGUGUCACCCGCAAAGCAGUCGAGUCCCUCAUGGGAAAGAACACCCAUGCACUCCUGGACAUUCAGCUGGACAGCGUCUGCGUCCUGCACAGGAUGGAGAUCUUUCCCAUCAUUAUCCACGUCUCCAUCAAUGAGAAGGUGGCAAAGAAAUUCAAGAAAGCUUUGCAGCGGCUCAACACCGCAGAGGACCAGCUCCUGGAGGCUGCUAGACAGGAGGAGGGUGAGCUGGAUAAAGUGCCUUGUCUGUACAGCAGCCUGGCCCCUGAGAGCUGGAGCGACCUGGACGCCCUGCUCGGCUGUGUCCGACUGGCCAUCGCGGAUGAACAGAAGAAGGUCGUGUGGACAGAGUAGAGGCCUUGCUGAUGGCCCCUGUGUCAUAAACAAGUUCAGAAAAUGAACUUCGGUAUAUUUACUAAAAUAAAAAGCUUUUACAAUG